UAGAGCUGCCCUUGGUGUCAGUGGCCUGGCUCCCAAGAACGCUCCCUCCGGCUGUCGAGUGGCCUCGGUACCUGUCAAUCAUUGAGUCCCAGAGCCAGCGCCCCUGACCAUGGGGCCAGGGAAGACCAUGGUGGCCCUGCCUGGGUUCCCUGCGACCACCCUGCUGCUGGUUUUGUUCCUGGGGCUGAACACCUUCGCGCCCGCCGCGUGCGCCCAGCUCCAGCUGCACGUGCCUUCGGGCUUCGCCAGCCUGCACGUCCCCGAGGGCGCGGAGGUGGUGCUCCCGGUGUGGUACACCUUUCCAGGGGAGGUGGCGUCGGCGCGACCGUGGGAGAAGCUCACCUUGAUGUGGUUCUUGGAACAGAAGGGGAAGGAUAUGAAGCAGGUGUUGGCGCACAUCAGCGGGGACACAUCAAGCCUACCUGGAGUAUCCCUGGUCUACCCCAUGCCCUCCCGGAAUGUGUCCCUGCGGCUGCAGGGCCUGCAGGAGAAAGACUCCGGGUCCUACCUCUGUUCUGUGAAUGUGCAAGACCAUCAAGGCAAAAGCAGGGGCCACGCCAGCAAAACUUUACAUCUCCAAGUGUUGGUUCCUCCAGCUCCUCCAUCCUGCCAUGUCCUGGGUGAGCCCCAUGCGGGGACCAAUGUGACCCUGAGCUGCAAGUCCCCAAGGAGUAAGCCCCCUGCUGAAUACCAGUGGGAGCGGUUACUCCCAGCUCCUGAGGUUUUCUUUGCACCAUUUUUAGAUACCAACCGUGGGACUUUAAACCUCCGAAACCUUUCCAGUUCUAUGUCUGGACUCUAUACCUGCCGGGCCUACAAUGAGGUGGGCAGUGCCAGCUGCAAUAUGACCCUGACAGUGAACACAGGGCCUGGGCCUGCAGUGAUUGCUGGAGCUGUUGUGGGCACCCUGCUUGGAUUGGGGCUGCUCACUGGAGUGGUACUCUUGUACCAACGCCAGGGCAAAGCCCUAGAGGAGCCUGCUAAUGAUAUCAAGGAAGAUGCCAUUGCUCCUCGGACCCUGCCCUGGCCUAAGGGCUCAGACACAAUCUCCAAGAAUGGGACCAUUUCCUCUAUUACCUCAUCACCAGCUCUCAAACCACCCCAUGGCCCUCCCAGGCCUGGUGCAUCAACCCCCACGCCCGGCCUUCAUAGAUCAACCCCCACACCCAGCGCUGGUGGGGUCUCCUCCUCUGCUCUGAGUCGCAAGGGUGCUGUCCCUGUGAUGGUGCCCGCCCAGAAUCAGGCUGGGUCUCUGGUGUGAUGGCCCGGCCAUCUGGUUUCUCUCCUUCCUAUAAUAAUUACUAGGGGGGUAACUGUAGCAUAGAGGCCUGCAUCUGGGAGGGUGGCCACCUUCUAGAUCUCCAGUCCUCGGCCCCCACCCUUCUUUACUGUGGGAAAACUGGGUCUUGGUUAAGACUCAAACUUCCAGGAGGUAGAAGAGGAAGUGGACCUCAGGUUAGGAAGAACCUAAGCGCCCUGCCGAGGCCACCCGACCACUGCAGAGGAAUGCUGCUGAGAUUGGUUACCUUCUCCCCACCCCCAGGGCCUGGUGGAGAAACUGCCAGUCAGGGACCCCUCCCUGGCCCCCUGGAUCUCUAACCCACCCGUAUCUAACACCAUCCUUCACUCCCACUCCAGCUGCCUGCGUUAAUAUAACCUGUCCUGCUGGCUUGGUUGGGUUUUGUCAGGGCAGGGGAUAGGGAAGGUAUUUGUUAAACUAACUUGAAAUGUGUGUUUUCAUAUGUGUUUUUGUUUUUAUUUUACAAAUUUCAAUAAAGUUACAUUGUUUUUGUAUGGAAA